AAAAAUGCAAAGGGGCAGGAGUUGUUUGACCAGAUUGUGUAUCAUUUGGACCUUGUGGAAACAGAUUACUUUGGCCUACAAUUCAUGGACGCCUCCCAGAUUACACACUGGUUGGAUCAUUCUAAGCUCAUUAAGAAGCAAAUAAAAAUUGGACCUCCGUACACGUUGCACUUUCGAAUUAAGUACUAUUCAUCAGAACCGAAUAACCUUCAUGAGGAGUUUACAAGGUACCUGUUUGUAUUACAGCUCCGGCAAGACAUUCUUUCAGGGAAACUGAAAUGCCCAUAUGAAACUGCUGUUGAACUAGCAGCUCUGUGUCUUCAAGCUGAGCUGGGAGAGUGUGAACAUCCUGAGCACACACCAGAGCUGGUUUCUGAAUUCAGGUUUGCGCCAAACCAGACGGAAGCAAUGGAAUGCUGUAUACUAAAAUAAAUGUUAUGUUGCAGGGGGAAGAGCCCAGCGCAAGCUGAAUUGUGCUACUUGAACAAAGCUAAAUGGCUAGAAAUGUAUGGUGUAGAUAUGCAUGUAGUUAAGGGAAGAGAUGGUUGUGAAUAUGCACUUGGACUGACACCAACAGGCAUAUUGAUCUUUGAAGGAGCAAACAAAAUAGGCUUAUUCUUUUGGCCUAAAAUCACAAAAAUGGACUUUAAGAAGAGCAAACUAACACUUGUUGUUGUAGAAGAUGACGAACAGGGCAGAGAGCAAGAGCACACAUUUGUUUUCCGGUUAGACAGUGCCAAAACUUGCAAGCAUUUGUGGAAGUGCGCGGUGGAGCACCAUGCCUUCUUCAGGCUGCGAGCCCCGGCAAACAGUAAAUCUAGUCGGUCCGACUUCAUAAGGCUAGGAUCACGCUUCAGAUUCAGUGGGCGGACGGAGUACCAAGCAACGCAUGGGACAAGAUUACGGCGAACUAGCACGUUUGAAAGAAGGCCCAGCAAGAGAUACCCUUCUCGAAGGCAUUCAACUUUUAAAACCAACAAUCCUGUGAAAGCAGCACAACUGUGUGCUAAAAAUACACCGGAAGUCCAUAACUAUCAGCCACAGUAUCAUCCUAAUAUUCAUCCUGCGCAGCCACACUGGCAUCCUCAUACACCUGUAAAUGUAAGCUAUCCCUUGAACAACAGUGACCUGCAUCCGUUCAACAUUGAGGAGAACGGUGGAGCGCCGUACACCACGAAAAUGCCUGCAAGGCACCACCACCACCACCGUCACCACCACCACCACCCCAACUAUGGCGCCCUUGCUCCUGACAGCAAAGAGCUGGUUUCUGGAGUUCCCAAUCCAAACAAUGGCAGAAGCUAUGGAGCGCUGGACAAGCAGCAUCUUGCCGUCCAUCUUGGCACACAGGUCCAAAGCUACAAAGGAGGAGUAGCUGAAGGCAACUUAGACCAAG